CUCUCUUGUCAUUCAUUUGAUGCUCACAGAUUGUACAAUUAAGCAUUCAAAGCUCUGCAUUUCCUUUUCUGUCAUUUUCUGGUGACAGCGACAAGAGCUUCAUUUGCAGAAAUAUUCUGAUUGUUUUACAGUUUUUAAUUUUGUAGUUGGAUUGAGAUGGAUUCUGAUAAAUGCACCGAUAUUGUUAUAUGUGAAGCAAGUUUAGGUGGUGAUCAUCACAUUGUGGAGAUCCCUGUGGAUGAGGAGCAGAAAAAGAUCGAUUCUUCUUCUUCUCCACAACACCCAUUGGAAGAAAUUGCAGAUAGCAGGGGCCACCUGCUUCUGCUCAAACUGUGGCAGAGGGAGGAGGAAAUUGUUGCUCACCACAUUGACUCGAAAGAGUCAAGGAUUGACACGAUCAGCUCAGAUGUUUUCCAACUUUCUUGCUUCUUUUUUGCUUUUCAUGGUAUCUUUCUAACUCUGCUUUUCACUGCUGCCAUUCAGGAAAAUGCUCACAGCUGUACGAGAUGGUGGAUCCCAGCUAUUCUGUCCUUUGCAACCUCUUUGGUUCUUAUAUUUACCAUUCUCCACAAGCUGAUUGUUAAAGGGAAUGUUGUGAAGAUGUUGCAGAAGGACAAGACUGAUUUGAGGGCUCUGGCCAGAUGCAUUCAAGAGUUGAGAAUGAAGGGCGUGAGUUUUGAUUUGUCAAAAGAGCCUCAACCUGCUAAGAGGUGGAAGAGCUCCAGUGUGGAAGUUAAAUUGGGCCCUCUCAGAUGGUGCUCUCAAUUUUCUCUGCCCAUUACCUUGACUCUUAUUUCAGGCCUCGUCCUAUGGUCAUGCAAGUUAAUUUCUUGCAGCUAGCUAAUUGCGAAAGAGCAGAAGUAAAAUGUCUGGUUUGCUUUCUCGAAUGACUUGCUGCUUUGACCUCUGUUCUUGAAUAUGUUCAAAUCUUGAGUGAAAGAGCAAAUGUGAAAUGUCUGGUUUGCUUUCCCGGAUGACAUGCUGCUUUGACGUCUGUUCUUGAAUAUGUUCAAGCCUUGAGGUAUGUUUUCAACUUUCGAAUGCAGAUUGGUGUGUUUAAAAUGUUUUUGAUAACAGAUCUAGCUCACUUUGUGGCUUGAACAAAAUUAUAUUGAGGAACAUACACAAUCGGAUGCCUAAAGGCACACACAUAAGGGAUUUCUUCAAUUCUUUAUAAUUUAUUGGGAAUGUCAGAGAUAGAUAUUCAAUUUUAGAUUUAGCACUGGGAUGCAGCACCCAGCUUAUCAGCUUCCUGCUGAUUUUUUCAUAACAUGUCAGAUUUGUUUUCCCUUAGAGGGAAAGUUGUCCUGUUUAAUAGGGUUGUUGUAUCAGGGCCUUUCCUGAGAUUACAACAAAUUAUUAUGAUUAAUUGCACUUUACAACAAAUUAUCAACUAUGAAAAUCAAGCAGAAGCUUUGGCAGGCAUGGCAAUUGAGAUUACUUAAGAGUUGGAUGGAAUUAUAAUCAGACUAAGUGGCUUAUCAUCUGUUGGACAAAUAUUGGAAGAAAGAAGAAAUUUCAAUCCAUAUUUUGCAUUUCUUUUUUUUCCAAGUAUUUCUCCAACAGGUGCUAAGCCACUGAAUCUCGGUCAUAAUUCCUUCCAACUUUUUGGUGAUCUUGACUGCCAUACCUGCCAAUGCUUCUGUUUCAUUCCUAUAUUUUCAUGCAUUAUUAUUAUGAUUAAUUGCACUUCACAACAAAUUAUCAUCUAUGAAAAUCAAACAGAAGCUUUGGCAGGCAUGGCAUUUGAGAUUAUAAUUACAAUCAAAACAUCUGUGACACUUUUUGGUGAACUCGAUGUCCGCCAAUGCUUCUGUUUCACUCCUAUAUUUCCAUGCAUUAUAAUUACAAUCAAAACAGCUGGGACACGUUUUUCUAGUGAAGUGUCUACUAUUGAUCAAUUGUGGUGCUGUGAUUCUUGUCACGAAGGUUCAAACGUUUUAUGGGAUGAUAUUGCCAUGUUCAUGUUGGGGAUGAGGUCCCCUAUAUGUGACCUCAGUCCGGUUCAUAGCUCCGGUCAAAGCAUUCACACCCAAUUUGAAAAACACUUUGUCCAUCAAUUUAAAAGGUGGUUUAACUUUUUCCAAUGUAUCAAUUCUCUUCUGACAUUUCAUAAUAUUUUUUGUUAUGCAAUAAUAGCAUAAGUUUACUGUAUAGUAGAUCCAUAUUAAGUAUGUGGCCUAUAUUCACUUGA